CUCUAUUAAAUGUUUUUCGCAAGGGCGAAGCAAGACUAGUGGCUACGUUGGCUAGGUACGUUUUUAAUAUUUUGUAUGAUUUUGUUCGCUGAAGAGUAGAAGAGACUUGAUUAUUUUGAUUUUGAAAAGUUUCUGUUAGUGGUGUUUCUGUUUAUAUUUAUUCAUUUUAGUAAUUUGGAAAUACUGUUUUGCUGAUUUCAUUGAGAGUGAAUGAGAUAAUUAUGCAAAGACAAAGAUUAUCUCGUGAACUGGCCAAAAUAACUAAUUCGCCACCUCAAGGUAUUUGUGUUUUCCAAAAGGAUGACAAGCUACAACAUUUAGAAGCCAACAUUACUGGUCCAGAGGAAACUCCUUACAAAGGUGGAGUUUUUACCUUGGAAAUAAUGGUCCCAGAAAAAUACCCUUUCUCACCACCAUCUAUCAGGUUCAUUACAAAAAUAUACCAUCCAAACAUAGAUGAUAAUGGUAGAAUAUGUCUAGAUUUGAUAAAAAUGCCUCCUUCUGGUAGUUGGAAACCAACAAUUGGUUUGGAAGGCCUUCUAAUAGCAGUCAGGAUGCUCAUGGAGUAUCCAAAUCCAGAUGAUCCCCUCAUGGCUGAUAUUGCAGAGGAAUAUAAAAACUACAAGGACAAUUAUAUCAAGAAAGCUAAAAUGUAUACAGAAAAAUAUGCUCAGUAGAACUUUGCAGAUGAACGAUUUCCUGAUGUUGAGAAUCACGCUUCAGAAUUCAGUUCAAGGUAGGUGCUAUGUUGAAAUUUAUUAACCUUC